AUGGAUGUUCUACAAGUUCACCAUUUUUUUGACUUUGCACUGGAGGAAAGACCAGAAUGCACCAUGAAAUGCCUGGUGCUGUUAUCUCACCUGUGUAAGAAUGAGCAAGCUCAGGCCUGGGCUGAAACCUGGGAAUUGGAACCUCUCCCGUUCUCCUGCCUCACACACAUUGCCUGUGUGUUCCCGUCUGGCAUCCAGCCUCUGCAGGGAGGGGAAAAUCCUCCUGCAUUGUCAGGAGGUGAAGAAGUCUGCAGUAACAAGCGACUUGUGGCCUUAGUGCCAAAUGACACUUCAUUCAACACCAGACGAGCCUACACCAGUGAAGAUGAAGCCUGGAAGUCGUAUUUGGAGAAUCCCCUAACAGCAGCUACCAAGGCUAUGAUGAGCAUAAAUGGUGAUGAGGACAGUGCUGCUGCUCUUGGCCUAUUGUAUGACUAUUAUAAAGUUCCCAGAGAUAAAAGGCUGUUGUCUGUUAACAAAGUGAGUGAUAAUCAAGAAGACCAAGAUAAAAGAAAUUGUCUUAAUACCACGGAAGCUCAGAAUAACUUAAGUGGGGGAGAGAACCGUGUGCAAGUCCUGAAGACUGUGCCAGUUAACCUUUCUUUGAACCAAGAUCCUUUGGAGUCAUCCAAAAGGGAAUACAACACAAAUGUGUCUGGGAGCUCAACACCCAUCACAGGGUCUGCAGUGACUGUGGUUAAAGCAGAGGAAUUUACCCCUGUUUUUAUGACCCCACAAACACACUAUACAAGAGGAGAAAAUGAGGAGCACCGGGGCGUUAUCUUUGAACCGUAUGAAGUGUCCAGCAUUGCUCCCAAUUAUCUUAAAGAUGAUCAGCGCAGUACUCCUGACAGUACUUACAGUGACACCUUCAAAGAUGGAGGAACAGAAAAGUAUCGGAGUGUGUCAGUGGGGGCUGAAGAAUAUAUUUAUGAACAAACAAGCAGCACUUUUCAGUAUACGCUAGAAGCUACCAAGUCUCUGCGUCAAAAGCAAGGGGAAGGACCCAUGACCUACUUGAACAAAGGACAAUUCUACGCCAUCACCCUGAGUGAGACGGGUGACAACAAGUGCUUCCGGCAUCCCAUCAGCAAAGUCAGGAGUGUGGUCAUGGUUGUUUUCAGUGAGGAUAAAAACAGAGAUGAACAGCUGAAAUAUUGGAAGUACUGGCAUUCCCGGCAGCACACAGCUAAACAGAGAGUCCUUGACAUUGCUGAUUACAAGGAAAGUUUUAAUACCAUUGGGAAUAUUGAAGAAAUUGCAUUCAAUGCUGUGUCCUUUACCUGGGAUGUCAAUGAGGAGGCAAAGAUUUUCAUCACAGUGAAUUGCUUGAGCACAGACUUCUCCUCACAAAAAGGAGUAAAAGGGCUUCCUUUGAUGAUUCAGAUCGAUACUUACAGCUACAACAACCGCAGCAAUAAACCUAUCCACCGAGCCUACUGCCAGAUCAAGGUUUUUUGUGACAAGGGAGCAGAAAGGAAAAUCAGAGAUGAAGAGAGAAAGCAGAACAGGAAGAAAGGCAAAGGCCAGGCAUCUCAAGCCUCAUGUAAUAAUGCAGCUGAAGGGAAGUUGAGUGCACUCCCUCUGCAGAAAAAGAGUGAUAUCACCUUCUUCAAAACAAUGGCUGACCUGGAUUCCCAGCCAGUUCUCUUCAUACCGGAUGUUCACUUUGGAAACCUACAAAGAACUGGACAGGUUUACUAUAAUACAGAUGACGAGAGAGAAGGUAGCAGUGUCCUGGUCAAAAGGAUGUUUCGGCCUGUGGAAGAAGAGUUUGGUCCCUCCCCUUUGAAACAAAUCAAAGAAGAAGGUCUGAAAAGAGUGCUUUUGUAUGUGAGGAAGGAGACAGAUGAGGUGUUUGAUGCUUUGAUGCUAAAAUCACCCACAGUAAAGGGGCUAAUGGAAGCUAUCUCUGAGAAAUAUGGGCUGCCAGUUGAAAAGAUUGCAAAACUUUAUAAGAAGAGCAAAAAGGGUAUCCUGGUAAACAUGGAUGACAACAUUAUUGAGCACUACUCCAAUGAGGACACAUUCAUCCUGAACAUGGAGAGCAUGGUUGAAGGCUUCAAGAUCACACUGACAGAGAUCUAGCCUCAGGCAGAGCCUUUUUGUAAGGAACCACAGCAUUUCAUCCUUCUUGGAAAGCAGAUUCCCCGUGAACUUGACCGACAUUGAUCAGAGAAACUGUUACAAGACUGCAUUGAAAAUACUGUCUAUUCUGCAUGUGUGCACCCACUGCAUAUAGACUUGGGUUUGUCAAGCACAAGGCCACUCACGUUAACCUGGUCCCUUAUUUAUUGUUCCCCACUCUCUAGUGUACAAGCAGUUACCAGCCCCCAGAUUUGUAACCAGGUGACCCACUGCAAGUGUGAAAUGCAGCAUUUUAAUCCAUACUUUAGUGUGGAUAAGCUCAUUCUAAAACAUGUUCAGUAACUAUGCUGGUCUAAUUUCAGAAUCUGGUAUAAAUCACUUUACCAGUAGUUGUCUCUGUCAUUGCUAAAAAUCUGUUGCAGUGCUAAAGAUGGGCAAAGUGUGACAGUUCACUUGCUCAGACUGAUCCAUAUCUCUCUAUACUGUAUAGUCUUGCCAAAUACCUCCUGUAGUUCUCAGCAUGUAGCAAUGAGGACUUGUAAGUAAGGCAUUCAGCUACAAAUGUCACUUGUAAGUAAAUGGUAAAGAAACCAUUUUAAUCUUGUAUAUAAUGUUUAUAAUAUGCAAUAAUAUAUUUUAACUACUGUAUGUGGGCAUGUUUACUGCCACUAUGUUUUUGUAUGUAUUUGGUUUAGGGUUUAAUAGAAUCUUUCCUAGAGAAUUAAAUUACUGCAAUCUGUUAAAGAGUGUGUACUGAGAAGCUGACACCUGAAUCUGUACUCAUAUGCUCCAUCCUUGCUCACAUAGUUGCAUGUUGAAAUAUUAGAGCAGACUCUGCUACUGGAUGCUUCGGCACAAUGGGGCCCAUCUUAGGUGCCCAAGUCCCGGCUGUAGAUACCUGAGUCUCCCAUUCAGCUGUAACAAAAUCCAAGAGACACAGUGUGUCUGCUGCCUGGUUUGUCAAGAGGUACAGAAGGUACUUCUUCCUGGUUGUCUUCCUUUGAUAAAGCAGAGGCUCCUAAAGUGGCCUUUUCUUAAACCUGUGGUGGGAAGGUUCUUUCUGCAGCAGUAUCAAAGCACUCCUCUAGACUGUAAGAAACAGGACUUCAGACUCUUCUGUUUAAGUGUAUUUGCUCUUGUAUUUCCAUUGAAUGAUUCUGUUGUGAUUCCUAGGAUGCUUGGGUGAUGUAUAAGCCUGGGCUUAUUCAUAAGGGCUUGAUGCAAAUAUUUGAUCAAAACUGGAACAAUUUUUCCAGUGGAGACUGAGUAUCCCACAACUGAGGUGUGGAGAUUGGUCUCUCUCUCAAGGGCUGCAUCUGAAUCCAAGUUGAACUACAUGGUUAUUCCAAUCAAAUUCCACACCUAUCUUGUGAAUUCUGUGAAGUGAUAAAGUUGUGCAGGCUAAAAUCAUACCAGGAAAGGGGUUCAUGGCCUGAAUCCAAUCCUAUGACAUCCAAACUGACCAUCUCUCUCUCCAUACCAGCUCCUCUGGCUGUUGUAAAGAGCUUCUCAUUUAGCAUGUAAUUCUAUGAGUUGCAGUUGCAUUUUAUUCUAUAUGCACUGUACAUGGAUCCUGUGUGACAGACAGAAGUGUGGGUCCUUUCCUACAUGCAGCUUUUAGAGUUUAUUCUUUUCCUUUUGAAACCUUUUCUCCUUUAGUCACAUAACCUUUAUUAUUUGGUGUUUAAUGGCAGAAAGAAACACUGCCUUGUUUAACAGCGCUCAUGUAGUGUUUUGAGCUGUGUGAAGCUAUUUACGUUCAAGCAAAGUAGCUGGGAUAACUUCCCAGUCUGAUUUGGCCAUAUCUGCAUGAAUUGUCCUUUAAGUUAUUGCACACUUUCUGAACUUCAUUAGCAGUAGCAUCCCAUUAAAAUCUCUUCCUUUAAUAGAAAUGUUAGGUAUAUGUCAAGGUUUCUGUGACCUUUCUGGGACCAGAAAGUAUAAAAGGUUCAGGCUGGUAGCAUCAGUGCUAACAUACUCAGAAUCCACAUAGCCUGUAAAGCAAAGUGUGUAUUCUGUCUUUCUCCUGUCCUUUUCUUUUGUCAUGCACUCUUUCCCCUUCUGAUGAAGAGUUCUGUUGUAAUUUCCUUAACUGUAUAUAAAGAUGCACUCCAGCAAAGAUGCUUUUGCUACCCUGCUCAAGAACAAACAAUCUGGGAAUACAAGAGAUUUAUGAUGGUUCAGUU